AUGACGCUUGAUAAAGGUACAGAGGCUGCGCGGCAGCUCGAUAUGGGGAAGGCUGAGGACUUUAAUGAGGCGGUGGAGGUGAUGGUCGCCGGGUUUGCCGGGAUGCCUACUUGGACAGGCUUCUACCCGGACGGUGAUGACACGCGCGCCGUCGCGCUGGUCAAGUACUACCUUCGCGGCGUCGGCGCGUUGGGGCAAGUGUGGGGCAUCGAUGUGGAGGGACAGCUUGCCAGCGUUCUUGCCAUUGUGCCCCCGGGAUUAUCGGUCGCCGAUGCACCAACUGCAAAGGACGACUAUGCAGCGUUUGUUGCUACACUCGGCAACACGGCCCGAGAGCCACAGCCGGAGACGGUCACCUGGGGCGCCGAGGGGGACGAGUGGACGGCUGUCAGGGGCGGGUGCUGGAACAUUGCCUUGAUAGGCACGCAUCCGCGCGCGGCCGGACGCGGGCUCGGGUCCAAACUUGUCAGCCUGGCAUUCGAGGUUGCCGCUGCACACGGUCACGGUGUAUGGGUGUACACGACGUACAAGCCUCGGCUGCCCUUCUACGAGAGACUCGGGAUGAAACAUUGCCGUACGAUCGAGUACUCCAACCCCUUUGGGGACCGCGAGAACGAGUGGAUCCUCGUCAAGACACACGGUUCCGUCUAG